AGGACAAGAGGAUAGAAGAAAAAAGAACAAAGAGGAAAUGGUGGCUUUUCUUCUUCUCGUCAAUUCACACCCUAAAUCAUAUCCAGCACUUGACGAUUUAAAGCCACAACAAUGAAAUUGGAAGGCAUACGGAAUUCUAGAUGAAAUGCAGCAAGAAAAAACGACGUCGUAAGUCAUCAUCACCUUCUUGUCCUCUCCCCUCGCUAAUGGUUUCCUCUCUCCUCCACUGCGGCUUUAUUAGUCGCCCUAAACGGUGCCGAAGUGGUGGUAUCAAAGACAACAGCGAGUCGCCACGACAGCCAAUCAACAGAAACCGAAACGCCACUAUCCUAAUCGGGGAUAAUGUUAUCUCUGAACCUCCCUGUUCAGGUCCCAAACACUUUCCCUCCGCUCAAACCUAAGCCUACUCUCUCGUCGUCACAAGUGACGGGAACAGCAACUGGAAUUGUUCCGACCACCGGCUUGUCAUCCUGCUCCUCUCAAAUCUCCAUAGCCAAACGCCACGAGCUUCGGGCAACCACCGCCGGGAACGUCGCUAUCCAGGAAGAGGAUAAUGAUGGGAGUAUGGUCGCCGGGGAGGAGGAGCUGCCGGAGGGGCUCCAAAGAGACCUGAUGCCGAAGCACGUGGCAAUUAUCAUGGACGGAAACGUAAGGUGGGCAAAACAGAGGGGUUUGCCGUCGUCGGGGGGCCACCAGGCCGGCGUUGAGUCUCUGAGGAAAAUCGUGGAACUCUGCGGCAGAUGGGGGAUUCAGGUUCUCACCGUUUUCGCCUUCUCGACAGAUAAUUGGAUUCGGCCCAAGGUGGAGGUUGAUUUCUUGAUGAGCUUGUUCGAAAGAUCUUUGAAAACAGAAGUGCAUAAACUUGCGAAGCAAGGUAUUAGAAUAUCCAUAAUUGGGGAUUCAUCCAAGCUCUCAAAGUCUCUUCAAACCACCAUAACUGAGGUAGAGGAGAUGACGAAACACAAUUCCAGACUCCAACUCAUUGUAGCAGUCAGCUACAGUGGGAAAUAUGAUGUUCUACAGGCCUGCAGAAGCAUUGCCCAGAAAGUCAAGAAGGCUUUUAUCCAACUUGAUGACAUUAAUGAGCAACUGAUUGAGCAAGAACUAGAAACAAAUUGUACCGAAUUCCCUUACCCAGAUCUGCUAAUUAGAACCAGUGGAGAACUUAGGGUCAGUAACUUCUUACUGUGGCAAUUGGCUUACACAGAACUCUACUUUGCACCAGACCUAUGGCCUGAUUUUGGGAAGGAGGAGUUUGCAGAGGCAUUAACUUCGUUUCAGCAGAGGCAGAGACGCUAUGGCGCUCGCUCGCAGCUGACGGAGAAAGACAAGGGUAUCUCUGGAUUGAUUGGUUAGUUCAUCAAGGUCUGAUAUAUACUUGAUAUAUGAGGUAAAAAAAUGUUGUAUACUUAGUAGAAAAGUUUUAGUCCACUGUAAAGAAUCUAUUGAAAAUCACUUCAGCCCUUCCAUUAUAAAGGAUGUUAAGAGGGGUAUGACAUAAUUGUAGGCUAUAAGUUACACCAGUUAAUUUUACUAAAUCUUUUUAUCA